GUUAUUUAUGAUAAAGCUGCUUUUGCAGCUAAACAAGAGGAAGUCGAGAAGAAGGAGAAUAAAGAAUUGAUCAAGGAGAAAGCAUAAGGAUUACGCAAAGUAGGUGACAUCUCUCCAACUACAACACUGAAAUAUCAUCCUCCAAAUCAUGGGAGGACGUGGUCGUGGUCGCGGCAAGCCCGCAAUGACCCUGAACCCCGAGCAAUUUGGUUUCGCGAAAGGAGAGCCCAUCACCCUCCCUCCAGUGCUCCAGCCACCAAUGAAAUACCCACCUCUAGACUACAAGGCUCCACCGUUCCAAUUAACAGUCGAGUUAUCUUACCUCCUCCAGUUGAAACGAGAUUUUGGUGAGGUCCUGAGGGAGUCCCCGAACAACGUUCAACCCAUAGUAGUGAAGAAAGACAUCGAGAGGUACUCGGACAGAUACCAGGAUAUGAUAACAGACAAAUCCACAUACGAGGUGAGGUACGAUUGGUACAGACUCCCAAAGGAGUUGAGAUCCGUUGGAAGGAAGCGAAAGGCGAAGGAGAAGGCUACGGUGGAGCCCAAAAAGAAAAAGAAGGAAGUCGAUGUGGAGAAGAAGUUGCAGGAGUUGGAGAAGAAGGAGGGCACCGAGAAGAGUGAUGAUGAGGAGGGGAAGGCUGAUGAGGACGAAGAGGAGAAGGAUGGGGAUGAGGCCGUUGAGGACGAGGAGGCUGAGGUCGACGAAGAGAUGGACGAUGGUACUGAUUACGUUAACAACUACUUCGACAAUGGCGAGGGAUAUGAGGAUGAAGAAGACAAUCUUGAUGAUGGUCCAAUUUAUUGAAUUCUAGAAAAAAAUGUGAUUGCAAUUGGUAUUCAAGGUGUUCGGCGAAAAUGACUCCUGACAAAAUUUAUCUGAUUCAUCGAAUGAUGACUUUUCCCUGGAGUUCGAUACAACUUUUACCCAAGUGUAAAUAAUUCAUGGAAUAGAACACUAAUGUUUGUUGAUGGUUUUUGUAGAAAAAUGAAUUUGUGGUGAUGAGGAUAUUACAUGCUUUAUAUUACGAUUUAA